UAAAAUAAUGAAUAAAAUAGAGAAAAAUUACUUAUACGUUCAAAUAAACUAUUGAAUGAUUAUUUCAAAUAAAAUACAGUCAGUUGAGGUAAUAUUUGCAAGAUUAUUUUUCAAAUAAUUUAUUUCACUAAUGCCCAAGCCUGAACGAAAUUACUGUUUCCAUAGUACAUCCUCAGUCCUAAGUCUUAAAACGAAUAAUUAAUGAAAUGAUAUAAAAUUUCUAAUAUUAAAAUCAUUAAAUUAAAAAAAUGCUAAUUUCUCAUCCGAAUUAUUACAUAAGAAUUGUUUAAUUCAUUUGAAGUAAAAUGUUAUUAAAACUAUGUACAUAUAAUCAAUCUUUUAGUUAAAACAAUCUUGGAUGAUUACUAAUUUGGAGUAUGUAUCAGAUUAUUCGAUACACAAUAAACACUUGGAAUUAUCUUAAGACUUAUGAAGAAAGGUGUACGCAGGGAAAUGUUAUCUCGUCUCACGUUACUUUCGCGUCUCCAAAUAACGAAAUCAAUUAAAAGCAAAUCCAUUCGAUAAUUUCGAGUAACCGGAUAUGCCUUAUCCUUACAGAAAUAUCCAAAAGCCGCCUUAACGAUUAAUAUUACAUGAAAAAGUAAACGCGAUAAGACCGAUGUUCCAUUAAAACUCAUAACAGAUCGCGGAUUCGAUAUGCAAACCAGUGCAGGUCAUCAAAAGCUACACGUUAAUAUUUUUCAAUGAAAUGCGAUCUAAAAUUUUAAAUCGACAUGGGAAGUCUUUAACCCGGCAUACGAAUCCGCAGUCUGAACACUUUAGCGAAACGCAGCUUCCCGCAGAUUCUAAAAUUGAGACGAGGACUUCGCUCCGUAUUUUUACAUUGCGCGCCGAAUAGGAACGAACUUUUCUAGUGCGAGGAAAUUGCGUAGGCGCGUCCGGUUUUCGCUUCGCAAUAUUCGCCGUAGUUUCGAAUUUUUCAAAAACUACGAACUAGUCGAAUAUAAAUUCAAACAGCGUCCUAUUUAUCGAUAGGGGGUACCGCGAAAUUCCGGGACACGGAAAGGUAAAAAGAAAAACGAAACCGAGACUCGCCGCCGAGCGUCUCUCGCACUUUCUAUUAUACGUAUUUAACUUUUUUGCAAGACUCGUGUAAGUAGAGGCGAAAGAGAGGGAGGGAACGAGUUACAUACAUACAAAAAGCGGCGCAACGAUCGCGUCGAGAGAUUUAUUUUUUGCACGCACGAGAAAAAAAAACAUUUCAAAAGACUAAUAUAUAAAUAUAUAUAUAUAUAUAUAUAUACAAUAUAGGUACACGUAUAAGUACUUAGGUUUCACUUAUGAGCGUCGCGUUGCUACGCGUACGGCUUCUUGUCUGCUAUUUAAAAAAGAGAACGAGGAAGAAUUCGCCGCGAGAAGAAACAUAAGAUCUUACCUAGUAGAUUAAGCGACGAAGAAAUAAAAAAAAACAACAAAUGUAACCGAUACCCGUUUUUCUCGACGCACGGUGAAAAGAAAACAUAUCUCAACAAUUGUCCCGGCUUCUUAGUGGAACGACAAACACAUUGUAAAAUGCAAUUUUUAACCAAGCACUGUAGGAGUAGAAUUAAACGACGAAACCUGCCGAACGCCAGCGUGAGAAUCCGACUAAAUCACAUUCUUUGAAGCAACCAUGUGUCCCAUCAAGAUUUUCUCGGGAACUUCAGUUCAUUGAACUUGUUUUUCAUAAAGAAUUAGUCUCGAUUAAACAUGCGAAUUUACUGACGCAAGAUGAAUCCGAAACGAUAAUUCAAGGACCGUUAAAAUCUUAUAGCAUAUACUACAUGGAGGAAGCACGCUUACGGCGACACUGUAGACGAGUGACAGAGAAAAAAAAAAUAGUUUGGAUACUAUUUUUCUCUCAUACACUAGCAGACAGCGAAGGGAGGAAGACGCAGACACAAUCUAAUAUUCUUUCUUUCCUUAUCACUCGUCUACAGUGUCGCCGUAAGCGUGCUUCCUGCAUGUAGUGUAUGCUCUAAGGUUCAAAUAGCGGUUAUAUUUUUGUUAAACGUACCGCGAAACAGCAUCGAGUAUCGUCUAUGAUGGAAAGACGUAGGAUAGGUGAAAAGUAGCACUCGACAACGAAGAAAGGAAAGACGACGGUUCUCAGUUUUCGGAGAGGAUCCAUGAGACAAUUAUUUAAUGAAGACGUGCCGUUUAGUUGGUUUCACAGCUAGAUAGGUACACGUCCUAAUUAAAAUGUAACCUAACGAGAAAUCUAAGAUAUCAAUCGGUCGUGCACGACCGAUUUGUCAAUCAUUUUUCAUGUUAUUAUUAAGAAAACGUUUUAAAAGAAAGAAAAUAAAUUUGGACACGGCUAAUACAUUUGUAAUUAUUUCUAAUCAGUCGGUUAAACGAUUUUGUGAUUAUGCGAUAUUUAAUUAAGAGCAUAAGCGAGAGUCGAAUCAAAAAAGAAUGCAAUGUGGAAGCUCCGAAACUGGAGCUCUUCCUUUAGAUAUAAACAUUGCACAUUGUAUCGCGACUCGUUCCUACAAACAGCUACGCGAAAGAGAAACGAGGAUUCGAAAACGGAUGAUUCGUCUCGGCGAAGAGAAUUCUGUUGAUCGUUUCGUUACUAGCUAAAGGAUUAUUCUAAUUGUUCGUAGACUUUAAUUGACUGAAUCGUUGGUUUUCGAAAAGGUGACGUAGCUAAAUGGAAAACGGGAAGAGUCGGACGUGAAGCCUGGUUCGAUAGGCAAUUAGAAUAAAAUUACUUGUUCUUACCGAUUCGAUAUCCAGUAUUUGUAUUAAGACCAUUCCAUUAAGAAGCUUGCAGAUAGAUAGAGAAUAAAAAGGAGAAGGAUGUUGCUAUCGUUUGACGAGCACCACCACCUUCCUGCGUUUUAAUCGCUGAUAGGGGAGGAGAAACAGGGAGAGAGAAUGCGUACGAGUGCGAGUAACGUUUUGUUUAAAUCGGGCUUUGCAAUAUACGCGAGAUUAUCUCGUAAACUAAUGAGCGAAAGCAAGUAUGUGUGUGUGUGUGUGUGUGUGCGCGCGCGCGCGUGAGGGAUGAAUGUGAAAAAAAGAAACGAGUUGUCGUUGAAUAGCCGAGGCGAAUCGCUAUUAUUGUACGCGUCACAUACGUACACAAUAAAGACAGACACACACCAUUAACAUAUAAAUUGAAUUUAGAACGUAAGCUUGCGGUUAUCUAUUUACUAAUUGCGAAUUAAUGUAAAACCAUUCGUACGACAUAAGUAAUACGUAAUUACAGAGAAGGGAAAACAGAAAGGGAUAAAAAUAGAAAGAGGGAGAGAGAGGGAGAGAGUAAGAGAGAGAGAAAGAGAGAUGGGGAAAAUACGAGGACACAAGAGAAACAAAUUACCGGCCAUACUAAGCUAGGAUUUUAUAUCGUGCGAAUUUAAAAAGGGGUGGAGAGAGAAAAAAUUACUAAAGUACUUCGGUGAAUAUACUCGAGUGAAUGGAUCGACGGUUGCCGAGUGUGUCAAACAGCUCGGGACCAUUUUACCGUCUGCUGUCUCAUUUCGUUGCACAAUUGAGCUUGCCGUUAUCGCAGCUCACUUGUUCACGAACAAUUAAAGUACAUAAUAUUCGCUACAAUACCCCUCGCGUGUCUCCAAUUUAUUUUUCGAUCUCGCUUUUGCCCCACGCGACUCUGCGUCGACUUCAAUUUUCUCCUCCGCUAUCUUCAUAUUUACAUUUGUUUUUCUCAUUAACUUGAAGCGUCGUAAAGCGGGAGAUGCGGUGUCAACGUAUUGCUGGCAAGCAUUUUGAUUCGCUCUGCGCUUACCUUCGCGGGGAGUAGCUUCGAAUUAUAUAAUUGUGUACAGACUGCGAAUUUUUAUACGAUUAUUUACAAAAGAUGCGCGCGAGGAUGCAACGUGAAUUAAAAUGUCAGUUACUGUAAUUUACCUGACACCGGAUCAAUUCGCACCGUGUGCGACGUAUUCGAUGAAAUUCACGGGAACCUUCGUUGAUUUCCGAACGAAGGAGAGGGUUGAGACGCGCAGAGAGGUCGCGUGCUUUCCUGCUAAAUAGAGACAAGAUUGUGAGCAGAGGACCCUUGAACCGGGCGCAUACAAUUGUAGAUAAUUAUACAAACCAACAUCAUACACCUUAAAACAUGAAUAAGCUAGACGGAUAGACGUUUUUAUACAAUUUAUAAGGCGAUUUGCACUCGAUUGAUUUGUCACACGUUUACUUGUUGACGUUCCGUUGCAUGUAAACAUACACAGAGGCCCACACAUACAUAUACACGCACACACACAUACAUGUACACACGCGCGUGAGUGCCUUCGAGCUUGCAUCGCGGCAGCCUUGCUCAGGAAAUCCGAUUAAACAGGAUUAAAGCGUUACAUAAUUUAAAUACCGUUGUCGUAUCGGACAGAAAUCAACUGAACCAGUUUCUCUUCGUUGCAAUCCGUACUUUCGAGCUAUAUACUCGAACCAGCAUAUCGAGUUACACGUAUUAUCUACGCUUCUUUCAUUUAUCUUUCUAAAGUUGUGUAUCCACUUGUAUCGUACCCUCGUAUCGUAUCACCGUCGCGUACCGUUAUUUACAAGGUUUAUGAAGUUUAUGAACACCGAGUCGAUAAGAAUUAUCGAUCAUAUUUAUUGAUUCUAUUAAAAAAAUCAUUUGCUAUUUGCUAAGAUGCAAGGAUGCAUUCAGUCAAUGAAUUCCAUCAAAUAAAAGAUUCAUAUACAGUUACCCAAAACGAUUCCCGACCUUCUCGCUAUGCAGAUGAGAUACAAAAGCGUGUCCCAAAUCCUCAACCUUGAAUUAAAUCUCUUGAACGUUCGACGAAGUAUCAAAUUUUAAAUCUUGACGAACAGAAUGAUGUAAGAUAGAAUAGAAUAGGCAUGUUAAUGUUGAGCAGACGAGAAGUAUUCAUAGUACUUGCUGCAUAAUUGAAAUUUAAUUUUUGCAUCUGUCAUAAUAAGUGGGUCAGGAAUCGUUUUGGCUAGCUGUACAUCUAAUGAAACAAAAGAGUAACCAAUUAUUUUAUGUGAUUAUUCUAAUUGACAUAGAUGUACGAGCACACGAUAACAUGAUUCAUUUGUAUUAUUCUUUACAUGAUUUAUGAUGGUUGCUCGUAAUGAUACGUAAUACUGAUCCGAUACACUGGAUAAGGUGCAAGAAAGGUAGCUGCGAUGCACCGUGGCGCCUAGUGACCGCAAUACCUAUUGUAAAAUAGCUCCAAAACCCCACCCACCCCCAAGAUUUUAAACUGAUUAUUAGGUAUUGUGCCGCAAUCAUUUUACUAUUGUGUCUAUUCGCAGAGGUGAGAGUUUCCGUGCACAGCUAAACGCGAGUAUCCUAACGUAAACGUUGAUCAUUAACGAUUCCGUUGGUGAACAGCGUGUUCUUACCAGGCGGCGACGGCGUGGAGCGAGGCUAAUUAUCGCCCCGAAAACAUCGUCGUUUCACCAAAAUCUCUGCCAACCACUCGAGCCAACUGCUCCAAUUAUUUAGCUCUUCGAGCAGAACAUCCCUCCCCCUGCACCGUUUACCCGCUUCAUCAUCAAGCUUUAUCUCAUUAUUGUCACUUUUCCAGCAAGCUUCUCUGUCUUUGUCUUUCAACAAAAGUAGAGUCGGUGGAAGAGUUUCAGCGAGGUCGUAAAGUUCGGCCUAUCAUUGCACCUUGCCUACGAACACAAUAAUUUCAGGUAGGAUUCAGUUCUCAAGUCGGGCCAGGGCUGAGGCAAGUCAAUUUAUUUGGUGUACUUGUGAAUGCUCGCUUUCGACAGUCCCAAUGCUUGAUUGCGAAUGAAAAGAAUUAAAAAAAUUUUAAUCAAUAUCAUUCGUAAAUUUGAAAGUUGCCGGGAACAGCCAAGUUGUCCGAGAAUCCCAGAAAAAUGUUUCUAUUCUUUAUUAGAAAGUAUUUUCAAGUCUGAUAAAGACGGCCCUCACCGCAACCGGUAUCAGUUACUAAUCUGCAUGAUCUAUUAUUAUUUUUAAUGACUAAUUCUGAAAUGAAUGAUGUGAAUUUCACAACCCCGCUAUACUUCUUCCGUCGACUAUACCACUUUCGUAUCGCUGUGUCUUUCUGUGAUUGUUCUUUCAUUCGGGUCCCGGCAAGGAGAUAAACUUUCACGAUUCAAUUUCGUGCGACUUCGUUUACUCUGAACGGAACCUGCGCCCUUAUAUCUGUUGAGAAAACAAACGCGGACCGCGUCGGAUGACAAACGUCUGGUUAAGUUAGCUAAUGAACUUUAUUAUUAAACGCGUCUGUGCAUUUGUUUAAAUAACGCGUUCGUCGGUUUAGUACUGUAGUAGAUUUCGCUUUCUUGAUCGCUGUAUCUCGAUGUCGAGUAAUUAAUACCUCCGGUGACGCUUCUUCUCGCGCUUUUUCGAUUUACCAUCGACGUACCAUUUGGUCUUUGCGGUUUGGCUUCAAACAAAAUUGAGCCAACUCAGACGAAUUGUGAUCUUGAUACACUUGUACGCUUUUCAUAUUAGCACGCGACUCUUCCGUUUCGGUUCACGAAUUUGAUCAUAAACAAUAAUGCGACCGAUUAAAAUGAAAUUGCAGUGUUGAUUUCUUAAUUAAAAGCAAUAAAGGGAAUGUUUCUAGGAAGGCGUAUGAAAUGUACUGACAAAUAUCCGAAUUCGAGGGAAAGAAGUUUAGAAAUCCUCAGCGCCGGAUUGUCGAUGUUAAAAAUGUUGAUUUAGCAAUCUCGUGUUACAUUUCUAACAGUACCAGCAUAUCUUGGCGAUGAUGAAAGAAGGUUUGAAAAAUCGAAGUGUCGUACACGAGGGAUUCCGACAAUUGAGUAUCGAUUAUAUGUACUUCGUGUGAAGUCUUUCACUAAUUUUUAUCAAAAAUGUAUAGUAGUUAGGAAAAUUAUUGUCACUCUGAAAUUUCAUCGUUUGUUUCAAACUGCGUUCAUUCUGCUUAGUGAAACACGCUGACUGUUACAGUCGAUUUAAAAAUUGCACGGCAAUCGUCUGUGAAAUUUGGGUAUAGAUGAAACAGUUCAUAUCAAAGAUGCAUAAUCAAUAUUCCGUUUAAAAGGAUCCCGGGGGUACAGCGAUUCGAUUUAUCGAUUGCGCGUUGAAUGUACCGAGUAUUUAGUAACGUCCAUGACAACUGACAAUAACGGCUGUGAGUCCGAAGAUGUGUUUUUCCGAGCAAAACUAUUCCUUAACAAUUUCGCUUGACUUGCCUGCGUAAAUUUCGAUCUUCCCCUCGGAGAUUCCAGCGUGUACCGACCCGCCGCGGAAUUCGACCACAAAUCAAAUCGUUUUACCUCGAGCUCAACGAAUUUUUUAACCGUGAAACACGCGUUUAAUAUAUGUUUGCUUUAAGGUUCAUUCGGUCGAUCAACGCAGGAAUUUCCAGGAUGAGAAACGACGACCAUUCUUAUCUGAACGAUGUAACCGACGCUUGCAUAAAAUAAACAAUGAUUUAAUUUACUCACCGAUAUACGCAGCCGAUUAUGACGGACAUACUUGUCGCUUGUUUUGUGAAUAAGGGGCACGUUUAACGAACGAUGGUUACGUCGAUUCGGGUAUUGUUAACCUCUGCAAGAACCGGGCACCGAACGUUAUCGCUCCGAACGCGGACACACCCACGACUAACAAAAACGAAUGAACCAAAACGUGUACCCGAAAGCGUGAACGCAGUAGAAUAGAACGGACGUGAUAAAAGUUUAAAGAGAUGCACUUUUCACAAUUCUCAACACGUUAUUCGAAAGACGUAGCCAUGAAUCAGAGCAAAUCUCGACAAAUCUCUGCCGGGUAAAACGAAUCCGCCGCGGAAACUUUUUCAGCGGUUGAAGUCGAGAAGAUCCGGGAUUUGCGCUAAAUUCGAUGCACUUGCAGUAAACUAUUUUUUUACGAAAAUAAAGAAGAGAACGAUCCUGUCCUGAAACCCUCGUUCCUUAUACAAGAGAUAAUACUUCUUUUCUUAUGCGUUCAUUUAUUUUUACCCACGACAACGAUAUCGCGUGUUGCGAUUGGAUCUCGCGAUCCUAUAAUACGAAACGAUUAUUGCAAUUGGCUCUUACUUCGCGACUUGAAUAGGACUUGUUUUAGAAAAUGAAUAACCGCUAAAUCGACAGAUAUUAAACUAGCUCUGAUCGCAAUCGUUUUAUUCGAUUCCAUUUCGACGGAUAUGAUUUCCACGUACGUUUCGGAUAUUCGUUUUAUAAAUACGAUCUAGUUUACUCAUUACUAAAGCGAGUUACAACAGUGUACAGUUAUUGUACUAACGAAUAUGUACUGCUGGUACUUGUCACGCAAUGACUAUGGAUCAUUAUGUAUUAUUAUAAAGUAAUAUCGUUAGUUUUCAAGCAAACGGAUAAAGACGAGAAUGUGGGGUGAUGAAAAAUUGUAACAUAUUUGUUGAUGGCCAAUAUCAAAUAUGUAUAAAAGUAAUAAUGAUGCAACAUUACUAAUAAACAAAUAUUACUAAUUUCGUUGCAAUUAACUUCAUUCCCGAGUCUGUACAUUUUAUACACCAUUUAAUUAUUAUCACUCCAAGAAUAUUACAGUGAUCUUUAAUCAACUCCAAACAAACUUUUUUUUAUUUGGGCUUUAAGUCGCGUCGAUUACAAGGUUGUUAGCGAUAUCGCAGAGUAUACAGAUUACAAUAUUUGUUUUAUCAAUUUGGUUUCUUUAAUGAAUUUAAGUAGAUCUUGUAUUUUCUAUUCUGUUAAAUUAUCCUUGAGAGAGGAUUCUAAAUUAUAAGUUCUACAGAGAAAACUGUAUUUAGGAUAAUGUAGGAUUAAAUGUUUUAUGGGCAUUAUUUACGUUACGUGAGUUACGAUCUUCCCAUUGGGAUACUGGAUCCUCCGAUAUCCUGUAAGUGUGUGUAACUCCAGCGUGUCCAAUUUUUCAUAUGAUUCAAAUUAAAUUUGAGGAGGAAAAUGGCUUCUCAAAGGAGGAUCCUCUUAUUCUUCCUCAUCCAUUAACCACUCAACCGUCUAAUUAAAUAUUUACGCACGUCCACACACGGUUUUAAACUCGGAACACUGGGCUACAGUAACUGGAAAAAUAUAUACCGCGACGAUACUUUUCGUAGUGAUUGUACGUAAACAUCAGCGUGACACACAUGGUCGUAUCGUUAUGUCAAAUAUACAGCGAUGUUUCGAAUAGUUUAAAAGUUAAAACCGUGCACGUUUAUUUCGCGUCGGACGAAUUUCGGUCGAAUCGAAAAAGAAUGCCGAAGCGGCCGUAUCCGUUCGAAGACAAUUUGUUACCGCAAUUGAAACUGCACGUAGGUGAAAAACAAGUGAACAACGGCGUCUCGCGGGAAGAAUUGAUGAAGGACAUAUACGGUAGAACGAUGGACUUGUUAAAGGAAGGUGUCAAGACUCUGUCGCAAAGAUUGAAUAGUUCAAUGGAAUUAAACGCCGUUGACGUGCCGGCGUCGGAGAGAACUUCCGCCUCCUCCUGCAAGCCGAAAACUGAACGGAAUUCGAAACAAAUGACACUCACUAAAAAUCUGGGAUUGUUAAGUGGGGACAAAGCUAUAAAGGAUCUUCCGCAGAGAUACGAUCUCUGCGGAUGCAGCAGGGUGAUCGAUCAGUGCAUGCUCAAUAAAUGUUCUUAUUGCGAUCAAGUUUUGUGCAAUUCUUGCCUGUCCGAGUGUGCCACUUGUUCAGACCUAUUUUGCCAGAAUUGUUCUCUACCUGUGUACGAACAAGAAGAGAAACACAAGUGCCUUAAUUGUUACAAAUAAACGUAUUUUAACACGAUUCUUAAUAUUUAUCUUUCCAAUUUUUGUAUGAAUGCUUUUGAAUAAAGUACAUUGAAUGAGAAAA